AUGACUCGCAACAUCUGCAUCACGGCAGGCGAUGGCCAUACUGGCUUCCUCAUCGCCGAGCUCAUCCUGACGAGUAACGAAUUCAAGAGCAAAGUCGACUCCGUCAGCGUUCUGUGCCUACACCCUGCUAGUCAUAAAGCUAAAGAGUUAAACAAUCUGGGCGCGAAGAUCAUCCCACAUACGCCCGGCCGCGAGCGCGAGAUGGUCAAGACGCUCAAGGAUUCCGGUUGCGACACUGUAUGCCUCAUCCCACCCACGCAUAAGGAGAAGUUCGACGUCACCGUUGAGCUCAUCAACGCAACCAAGAAGGCCAAUGUGCCCAACAUCUUGUUCAUCUCGGCUGCGGGAGCAGAUGUAGCUGAGCGCGAGAAGCAGCCUCAUCUGCGCGAGUUCAUCGAUCUUGAGUGCUUGGUCAUGGCUGCGAAGGGGGACGGCAACACUUCGACGGGCCACUCACCGUGCAUCAUUCGCGCUGGAUAUUUCGCUGAAAACCUACUCCUCUACGCACCACAGGCUCAGAAGGAUGGCAUCCUUCCCAUCCCCAUUGGUCAAUCGCACCUCAUGGCCCCAGUCGCCCUUGGAGAUGUCGCUCAACUCGCUGUGCAUGUGCUUACCGGUCAAGGCGAGAAAGGCUUUGACGACCGCCACCGCGGGCAACUUAUGAUUUGCACUGGCCCCUUGCUGUGCACUGGCUCCGAACUCGCAGCCAAUGCAUCCAAGGCUCUUGGCGUCUCUAUGGAAUUCGAAGACAUUAGCGUGGCUGAAGCCAAGAAGGUCCUCAAAGCGCAGAGCGACUCCGAUCCUAGUGAGCUGCAGUACCUACUAGAGUACUAUAGCCUCGUCCGUGAAGGCAAGACGAAUUACAUCUCUACAUCUGCCUUCGUCAAUGUCACGGGCAACCAUCCUCAAGAGCCCACAGAGUUCUUCAAGGUCUACGCUGCGAGCUUCUUACCUAAGGGUGGGGAGAACGGACACGACGGACAUGCGAGCAAGAAGAGGAAGAUCUGAGCUGCAGCUUCGUCUCCCUCGCGUCGCGUUCUAUUGCAUGGGUGGCCAUCUCACAAG